CCCUCAAAUGCAAGCCAGUCCGCCUAGGCAGCGCUACGUUUCCGGCGUACCGCUCCGUUCCGAUACGAUCCCAUUCGAUUCGAUUCGCACCGAUUCGAACCGAUCCGUUUCCGUUUCAGUUUCCGGCAAGUCAGUGCUAAAAAGCCGUCGCAACACAGAGACUCCGUCAAACCAAAUUGAUCAAACUGAGAAUAACUAAUAAAUAAUACAGUGAAAAUGUGCCAACUAUUAAUUAAACAGUAAAAACAAGGACGAGCGACCACACCCGGAGGUGUGAGGAAAGCCGUGUCCUUCGACGGACAGUGUCCGGCUGUCAGUUGGUCAAACAGUUCAUCAAUAAACGAUUCGACGACUUCCGUUUCAUUGCGUGUCCUUUACCUGUGUGGCAUGUCUGUGCACGUCUGCGUGUCUGUGUGUGUGUGCUGGCUGUGCGUGUGAGUGUGCUAGCUGAGGAAACUUUGCAACUUCCGGCCAAGUGACUUCGAUUUAAUUUCUUUGGCUUUUUUAUGGUCAAGGCAUUUAAUUAAUUUUACUAUGGCAAUUUGAUCGUCUGCUGGCCUGAACUCUGACCCCUAACCCCUAAAAGUGUGGCACACACAAAACAAGGAGGCGGCAAAAAGGAACAUCCGAAGGAGGAGGAGGAGUAGCCAGCCACACCCAUUUCCACCGAACAAUUGAGAUGUAAUUUACACCGCAGGUGAACUUGAACUUCAACGUUCUGUGAUAGACGAGUAUACGAGCAGCCAAUCCCCAUUGGGAUUCUGCCCCCCAAAAACCAAAACCGAUUCUCGGAUUCAAUCAAAUUGAAUCCCGAAUCAGAAAGCGAAUCGAAGGUGAUCUUAACUCUUGGAUCGGCUUUUAGAAACAGCGACAAACUGUCGACUCUGUCGAUACGCAACUUCUCGGCAAACAUGCUGAACAAUCUUGGGGCCAAUGUGCUGGGCCCCAAGGAUUGUGAUCUGCCUAAGGCCGCAUUAACAGCGCUGCACGCGGGAGUCAAUAGUUUUGGCCAACUGCCGGUUGGCCCUAACUUGGCCGAUCUAGGCGGCGGAGCAGGCGGUGGAUCCUCUGGCGGAGUGCCUGUGGGCGGCGGUGUGGCACGCCUUCACAUUUCCGGUGGACUGUGCGACAAUUCCAAUGCGUUGAACAGCGGAAACGGAAACAGCGGCAACGGAAACGGCAGCAACAACAACGGCAACAGCAACAACAACAGCAACAUGCAGCAACAGGAUCAGCACCUGGACAAAAACAAGCAGAAGCGACACCGAACCCGCUUCACACCUGCCCAGCUGAACGAGCUGGAGCGCUGCUUCUCGAAGACCCACUAUCCGGACAUCUUCAUGCGCGAGGAGAUCGCCAUGCGGAUCGGCCUCACCGAGUCCCGCGUUCAGGUGUGGUUCCAAAACCGCCGGGCCAAGUGGAAGAAGCGCAAGAAGACCACCAACGUAUUCCGCACACCGGGCGCCCUGCUGCCCUCUCAUGGACUUCCCCCCUUUGGGGCUAAUAUCACCAAUAUUGCCAUGGGCGAUGGCCUCUGUGGCACGGGAAUGUUUGGUGGAGAUCGCUGGAGCGUAGGAGUUAACCCGAUGACGGCAGGCUUUGGCCAGCUGAAUCAGUCGUCGCCACUCUCGUCCUCGCUGAACAGCGGCCUAAACUCGGGCAUUAACAUGGGUUCCGCCUUGGGAGCGGGCAGUUAUCAGCACUACGGCCUGAAUGCUCUGGGCGACUCCAUGAUGUACCAGCACAGUGUGGGCGGGGUCAGUUGUGGGCCGAGUGGUUCGCCGAGCGCCACCACCCCGCCGAACAUGAACAGCUGCUCGUCGGUGACCCCGCCGCCACUUUCCGCGCAGCCGAACUCCAGCCAGAACGAGCUCAAUGGCGAGCCCAUGCAAUCUCACCAACAACAGCAGCAGCAAACUCACCAGCAGCAGCAGCAACAAGCUCACCAACAGCAGCAGAUGGCGCCACCAACUCCCACACAGCAACAACAAGAGGCAGGACUACCGCUCUGCCACCAGUCCAUGCAGUCACCAACGGAUGGCGCCACCGAUGACGACGUGUGGCGAGGACACAGCAUCGCAGCGCUGCGGCGGCGGGCAUCGGAACUAAACGCCAUUCCCUCCUACCUGCACCCACACCACCCACACAACUACGAGCACCAGAACUCGGUCUACUGAAAUUUGUUGAAAAGCUUCGAAAGCUUUUCGGAUUACGGGUUCACCAACUGCGGAGCUCCCGACAUGAACUAGGAUGUGGUGGAUCGGUGCAGGAACGGCCGUUGCAGAUUCAAAUGGCGGCUAACUGCGAGGGCGAAGGAAGCGUUAUAAGAUAACCAAAACCUAGGCUUAGGGCAUUGUACAAUUUAUGUGUUUGCAUUAUUUGUUUCAUGAUUUAUCAGAUUAAACUUAAACUUAAAAGACUAUAAUGAAUGUAAACCAUGUAUACGAGAAACGAAGCUUGAGAAGGCACUAACGAUUUAUUCGAAACUAGGUCCUAAGCCAACUAUGAAACUAUUCCCGCAUGAAUAUGUAGACAUUAGAUGUAACAUUUGCCGUAUACGAAAACUGUAUAAACUAGAUCGCCAGAGGGGAUAUGGCCAACCGUAUCCCUGAGGUGUCACAAUAAUUUUUGGCAAGACGAUUCCACGGAGUCAGCGCUUAGUUCGUACAUAAGCAUAAUUAUGCCUAGGAGUGUAUGUAAGUAGAUCUAUUCUCAGUGUAAGUGUUGUUGUUUUUGUGUAUAGGCAGUAUACUUCCGUUCCGUUGCUAUCUCUCGAUCUAGCCAUACGAUACAACCCAUAGAAUAUAUCAAACGAGCAGCCCCCGCCCCCACUAUAGCAAACUGACACUGGCGCAGCUCAAGUCUCAACCUAAAACCGUUUCAGAGUGCACGCAUCCGAUGGAUUACUUUUACGAUUACCAAUUACAAAUUAUGCAAAAACAAAUACAAAUACAAAUACAAAUACAAAUACAACUACAAAUACAAAUACCAUUAUAUAUACAUGCAUACGAUUAUGGCAUACUUGUAAUAGACUUUCUUGUAUCGUUUAAGCCUAAAUUUAAAUCCAACUAAACAAAAAACGAAACCCAAUUACUAUGUAUGUAAUUAUGCGUAUUAUUAAAUAGUAAACUAAAUUAAAAACUG